CCCGCCCCGCCCCGCCUCCCCCGCUGGGCCGCCGCGUCAGGUGCCAGUCCGGAAGCUGCGAAAGCGGAUGUGGGAACAGCGGCCGCAGCCCUGGGGGCGGCGGGAGCUGCUCAGCCUCCUCCGGGCUCCCCGCGCAGCCCUCAUGUGCUGCCUUCGCUGACACCCGAAGUCCGUGGCUCUCCGCACACGGUGGGGUCGUCAGACCCGCCGCACGUGGCUGUCGAAGUCGUCGUGGGGGACCGCUGCAGCCGCCCAUGGAGAAGACCGGGCGAGGCGGGGAUGGCGCCCCCCGGGGACCGGUGCUGCACAUCGUGGUGGUCGGCUUUCACCACAAGAAGGGCUGCCAGGUUGAAUUCUCUUACCCGCCCCUGAUUCCAGGAGACGGACAUGACAGCCACACUUUACCUGAAGAAUGGAAGUAUUUGCCCUUCCUUGCCUUACCAGAUGGUGCACACAACUACCAGGAAGAUACUGUGUUUUUUCACUUGCCACCCAGAAAUGGAAAUGGAGCCACAGUAUACGGUAUCUCUUGCUAUCGACAAAUUGAAGCCAAGGCAUUGAAAGUAAGACAAGCAGAUAUCACCAGAGAGACUGUUCAGAAAAGUGUCUGUGUUCUAAGCAAGCUGCCUCUUUAUGGCUUACUUCAAGCGAAACUUCAACUCAUUACACAUGCAUAUUUCGAAGAGAAGGAUUUUUCCCAAAUUUCCAUUCUAAAGGAGCUUUAUGAACAUAUGAAUAGUUCCUUGGGAGGAGCUUCAUUAGAAGGAUCCCAAGUAUAUCUUGGUCUGUCACCUCGAGAUCUUGUCCUUCAUUUUCGGCACAAGGUCUUAAUCCUAUUUAAACUAAUUCUUCUUGAAAAAAAGGUUCUUUUUUAUAUUUCUCCAGUGAAUAAAUUGGUGGGUGCAUUGAUGACUGUGUUAUCCCUUUUUCCAGGCAUGAUUGAACAUGGUCUCAGUGACUGUUCUCAGUAUAGACCCCGGAAGAGUAUGUCUGAAGAUGGUGGGCUUCAGGAAAAUAACCCACGUGCAGAUGGUUUUGUUUCUGCAUCCACUUCUGACAUUUCACAUACCAACUUGGAAACUGUCCGGAGAGUAAUGGCAGGAAACCAUGGAGGAGAGGCUGUCAUGAAGACUGAAGAGCCUUUGCUCCAAGGAGAAGACAGCAGCAAAGGGCAGGAACCCAAUGAUACCAAUCAAUAUUUGAAACCUCCAUCUCGCCCAUCUCCAGAGUCUUCAGAAAGUGACUGGGAAACUUUGGAUCCUAGUGUUUUAGAGGACCCCAAUUUGAAAGAAAGGGAACAGCUGGGAUCAGACCAGACAAACUUAUUUCCAAAGGACUCUGUCCCCUCAGAGAGUCUUCCAAUUACUGUACAACCUCAAGCUAAUACAGGGCAAGUGGUCCUGACACCAGGGCUCAUUUCCGGUUUGGAAGAGGAUCAGUAUGGCAUGCCCCUGGCCAUCUUCACAAAGGGAUAUCUGUGUUUGCCUUACAUGGCAUUGCAGCAGCAUCAUCUUCUCUCCGAUGUCACCGUUAGGGGAUUUGUUGCUGGAGCUACUAACAUCCUUUUUCGACAACAGAAACACCUCAGUGAUGCCAUUGUGGAAGUACGUUUAUGUGUAGAAGAAGCUCUGAUCCAGAUUCAUGAUCCAGAACUCAGGAAGCUGCUUAACCCAACCACUGCAGACCUAAGGUUCGCAGAUUACCUAGUGAGGCACGUGACUGAGAAUCGGGAUGACGUCUUCCUAGAUGGCACGGGCUGGGAGGGAGGUGACGAAUGGAUCCGGGCCCAGUUUGCGGUCUACAUUCAUGCCCUGCUGGCUGCCACACUGCAGUUAGAUAAUGAAAAGAUAUUAUCGGACUAUGGGACAACCUUUAUUACGGCAUGGAAGAAUACUCACAACUACAGGGUGUGGAACAGCAACAAGCAUCCUGCACUUGCAGAAAUAAAUCCAAACCAUCCAUUUCAAGGCCAAUACUCAGUUUCAGACAUGAAGUUAAGAUUCUCACAUUCUGUUCAGAAUAGUGAACGUGGCAAAAAAAUUGGAAACGUCAUGGUCACAACUAGCCGGAAUGUUGUACAAACAGGAAAAGCUGUUGGCCAGUCAGUUGGAGGAGCUUUUUCCAGUGCAAAGACAGCUAUGUCUUCAUGGCUUUCUACUUUCACUACUUCCCCCUCCCAGAGUCUCACUGAGCCACCGGAUGGGAAGCCUUAAGCAAGGUGCCAGAGGCUGCUGUUGCUUUCUGAGGUUUAAGUGUCCCCUGUCUGUCUGCUGCUCCCAGGCUGUUGUUUAUCAGCCACAGAUUCACAGCAGGGGACCAUAUGUCGAACUGUUUACAUGGACGGUUGCUCUAUGUGAAUGUUUUGGGAUGCCGAAAUGAUGAAAUCACAGCCGUAGCAGGGAUGGCUUUCCAGGUUGGAGUUUCAAUUGACUACUUUUAUUUUAGUCUGAGCCUGAUUAAAACAUACAACGAACCUUCUAA